AUGACUUCUAUUAGUGUUAAGAAACUAGUUAAAGAUUCUACCAUUUUUUUUCUUUGUGAUAUUCAAGAAAAAUUCAGACCUCAUAUUUAUGAAUUUACAAGUUUAGUAUCAACUGCCAAAAAAAUGGUUAAUGUAUCGAGAAUUUUGAAGAUUCCUGUGAUUGUUUCUGAACAGAAUCCAAAAGCUCUUGGAAAUACUGUUACUGAAAUUGAUAUUAAUAAUAAUGAACAUAAACUCAUUCAUGUCCGUGAAAAAACAAAAUUUUCAAUGUAUACCGAAGAGAUAAAAAGUAAGUUGGACGAAAUAACUGAAAUAACCAAAAUAAAACCAAGAUCUGUUGUACUUUUUGGAAUUGAGGCCCAUGUGUGUGUGUUACAAACAGCUUUAGAUUUAUUGGAGAAUGGUUUUGAUGUCCAUGUGUUGCAAGAUGGCAUCUCAUCUAUUCACCUUCCAGAAGUCGAUAUUGCAUUGCAACGAAUGCGUCAAGUAGGAGCAGUAGUCACAACAUCAGAAUCUGUCCUGUUUCAAUUGUUAGUUGACUCCAAAGACAGCAAGUUCAAAGAUAUUUCUAGUUUGGUGAAAGAAUACAAAGAAGCUACUGCAAACAACAAAUUGCUUUUUAGAUCAAGUAUGAAACAAUAA